CACCAUCACAAGUGCCUCACAUGUCUCAUCCAAGAGGAAGUGAUGGUGAGGGAAAAGGGAAUUCAUUUUUUCUGGAAACAACAGAGGCGCUGCUGUUUCUCAAGUGGUCCUGUCAUUGCUUGCCACAUUGUUUUGCUGAGGUAGACAAAUGGGACUCUGAGGAUCUACUACUCCAGAAUUUAAACUCAUUUUCCUCACAUGACAUUUCUUGAUCCUGACAACUACUUUUGUGAAGCCAGGGCUAAUUGUGACAAAAAUUGAGUGACUAAGAUUUGUGUCGGGUUGAGGUGCCUGAGUCAAGUUGGGGGUGGAGUUAUUUCAGUUAAGGGAAGUCAUAGACUUUCAUUUCCUCCUUUUCCAAAAGAAGGCAGGGAAUAGGGUUGACUGAGCAAGCAGCUGGUACUGACACAACCUAGUGGACUCUAGGUGAGGCUGUUCUACCAUGAAGCUGGCUGUACUUUUCUUGGGAGCCUUGUUGGAGCUACUAGCAGCCCAAGGAAAAGGAAAUUACUGUCCUCACAAAAAAUCGGCCACUCUGCUGCCAUCCUUCACGGUGACACCUACAGCGACAGAAAGCACAGCAAGCACUGGAACAACCAGCCACAGAACUACUACCACAGGCACCAUCAGCCCCGAGCCCACAACAGCCACUCAAAAUCCUUUUACCACCACCAGCCACGGAAAUGCCACAGUUCAUCCAACAACAAGCAACAGCACUGCCACCAGCCCAGGAUCCCCUACCAGUUCUCCCCACCCAAGACCACCUCCACCCUCUCCCAGUCCUAGCCCGGGCUCCAAGGCAGAUGUAGGAGACUACACUGGAACUAAUGGUUCCCAGCCCUGUGUCCAUCUCCAAGCUGAGAUUCGAAUUCGAAUUCUAUACCCAACCCAGGGUGGAGGAAAGGCCUGGGGCAUCUCUGUACUGAACCCCAACAAAACCAAGGCCCAGGGGGGCUGUGAGGGUGCCCAUGCCCAUUUGCUUCUCUCAUUCCCCUAUGGACAGCUCAGCUUUGGAUUCAAGAAGGAGCCACCGCAGAGCACUGUCUACCUGAACUACGUGGCUGUGGAGUACAAUGUAUCCUUCCCACAGGCAGCAGAGUGGACAUUCUCAGUUCAGAAUUCAUCCCUUCGAGAACUCCAAGCCCCGCUGGGCCAGAGCUUCAGUUGCAGAAACCAAAGCAUCAUUCUUUCACCAGCUUUCCACCUUGACCUGCUCUUCCUGAAGCUACAAGCUGCUCACCUGUCCCCUUCAGGGGCCUUUGGGCCAAGUUUCUCUUGUCCCAGUGACCAAUCCAUCUUGCUGCCUCUUAUCAUCGGCUUGAUUGCCCUCGGCCUCCUCACCAUGGUGCUUGUUACCUUCUGUAUCUUCCGGAGACGCCCACCCACCUACCAGCCCCUCUGAGCAUCUGUCUCAACCAGGGGUGUCCUCAUUUCUCACCACUCGACUGACUCAGAGACAGUUAUCAUCCCUCUCUGUCUUGAAGAACAAAAAUGUAGAGAUAAUGCAAUUAGAAGGGCCGAAGGGGAGAUGUUUGUUAAAUGUGACAGAUUCUGCUUUCCCAUCCCCAGUGAGAGAAUAGUAAAACCCACUCAAAUCUUUGUCUUUGGUUUUCUUUGUCCUUACUGUCAGAAUUAAAAGCUGCAGUAACAA